CCGCUCUCUUUCUCUCCGUAGUGCCAUCGUGAUCGUGGGUCAUCGUGGUACUUGGAAAUUGAGAACAAUUUAAUUCAAGUUUACGCUUCGCCAGCAAAGCACGCGUCGACGCUUGGAUGUCUCUCACUUCCACAAGUUAGCCAUUGCGUAUGGGCUUCAAAAUAUUACGUGUAAUUUGUCCAAUGUGUUUGCUGAAAAUUGGUUUUGUGUACAGCAUUUGGUGAAUUAUAUGUAUUUGAGAGGAGAGCGUAGCAUACCACACGUUUGCUGCUGAACAGUGCUUACUACUACUCGGCCGAUCUGGGUAGAUCCACCAUCCCCAACAGCCAGUCAAAUACGGAGGCGUUGUUGUUUACCUUGGCUCAUCGCCGCUGGUCGCUGUAGAGAAGAACAUAAUAACAACGCUUCAUCGCAGUCGGGUGGACUGUUUUGUCUGAAUUAAGUGCUAUUUGCGUACGGAUCCCAUUCAGGCACGCAUCGCUUCAUUUUAAACCACACAGCAUCAGCGGGAAAGGGGAAGCUACAAUCGUGUAAGGCCAAUUGUAUCAAGGUACAGUACACUAAUUCGAUCGAAACACGCCAUUUAACGCUGUGACAAAUAUACAAAGAAGUGAGCAAGUGUGCGUAGUGGAAUUUCGUUAAUAACCAAAACAAAAGCAUCCGUAAACGGUGUGCGUAGAGAGAGAGAGAGAGAGAGCGUGCGUACCGUGGUAAAAGACGUGAAAAGUUAGUGCCGAUAGUGGUUUUGUGCACCAUAAAGCAAAGAAAGCAGCAAUAUAGUGUGCUAUAGUCGAUUGUUCGCGCAAAGUGUCAAACGUGCCUGUCAAAUGCGUUCGCCGCGUAAUCAAGCAAGUCAUCUAAGUAGGCAAGUGUGUUCUAAGGCAAUUUAAAGUGGAAAAUUUUCAUCUCGUGAUCAAUCAGCGAGAGCGAGCGGGCAAGAGAGCGUACAAAAGAGAGAGAGAGAGAGAGAGAUAUCGCUGUUGUUAAUUCUGCUGCUUGAAAUAGAAAUUGUAAACGCGACCGCAGUAUAUUGCAGCACAGCAGAAAAAAGAAAGAAACGUGCUGCCUUUAUGUUCUGUUAGUGAUAUUCCCUAUUCCCUUUGCACUGUGCUUAAACGGCGCCUCGUAAUCGGUAAUUCGUGUGAAUGCUAUAAGUGUGUCGGUCGGUUGUUUUGGUGGUUGGGGAAAAGUUUCCUUACGGUAGCCGACUACCGCGCGACCCGUAUGAUUGAUACAAGUGUCCUUGCCGCAGUGGUCACCGUUGCGGUAGGUCUUCGUCCGAUCAACCUGUCUGCAUAUUUACGGCCGUAGAAAGGCAAACCGACAAAAAACCGGGUAGUUUUCCACGGUUCAAGUUACACAUUCCUGCUUUAGUUGUUCCUGGCAACCUGCAAAACCCCCCGUGGCAAGCGUGUGUGUGUGUGCUGUAUUUGUGCGUGUUUGUAGUGUAACAAGCGUAGGAUAGAGAAGGAAGCUGCAGGACCGUGUUCGUUGCCCGUACAGCUUAGCAUCAGGCAAAAAGGCGCACUGUUUUCCGUUCCCGUAACCGUGGAAGCCGUACAGGACGGUGCGGACGGAGGGGGAGCUCUCACGAUGAGCUUGAAGAAGGCCAGCCGUACCAAGAGUCUGUCGUUGAGCGGUGAUGACUUUCCGCUGCGUCCAGUCACUGGGAGCGGAAAUGUCACGGGCAAACCGAAGGCCACCUUCAGCACGGUGAAGCGGCCGGAGGAUACGCUCAAGAUAAUGAAGUACAUCGAUGAUAACGUGAUCGGGAAAGGUGUCGCAUUUCUGGGACCGUAUGGGCGUCGUAAAGUUGUUUAUGCCGAUUACGCGUCAUCUGGUCGUUCGUUGCAGUUUUUAGAAGAUUAUAUAAAUAAGGAAGUUUUGCCGGCGUUUGGUGAUAUCAGCUGCAUAUCAGCCGUUACAGGACUACAGUCACAUUUGUAUGAUAACGAAGCCCGGGGCCUGGUGCGUGCGGCGGUCGGUGCCAAUGGAGAAGAUGAGAUCGUUUUCUGUGAUAAUCCCGCUGAACGUUUGUGCUAUCUGCUGUCGAAUCCUAACGUGUGUGACCUCACUUCAUCCCAGUUUCACAACAACUCUCACAGUGCCAUUAGCAAUCUUUCCCUCGGCGCUUUACACCAACAGUCGCUUCAGCUAGGAACUUCGAUCCGGCACAAUAGUUUCUCCAACACUUCCAACCUCUCGGACAGCGUGGUUGAUGUUAGUAGCCAGCACCAUCAAAGCCUGUCGGCGGCGCCACCGAUCCUGUUCGUGAGCACCUCCGAACCGGUAUCAAACCUUCGCGCAUGGAUCGAUGCCGGUUGGCAGAUCGAGCGUAUUGUAAAAAACCAUGAAGGAUUCCUAGAUUUGGUCGAUUUGGAAAAACGAUUGCAGCAUUACUCGGAGACACGGCGAAAGAUGGUCGGUCUGUUCUCUGGCGCAUCUCGGCUGACGGGCAUUCUGGCGGACGAUGUGGCAACCACAAUUUUGCUGCACCAGUACGACGCACUUUCCAUUUGGGACCACUCGAUGGCGGCGUCGUGUGCACCGAUUUGCACCAAUCCGAUCCUGCCCGGUGCACAGAAGGAUGCCAUAUUUUUCCACUGCAAUCGGCUGGUUGGUGGAGUGCAGGCCCCGGGCGUGCUAGUCAUUAAGCGUAGACUAAUCGAACACAGUACCUCUUUUCUGACGGAUUCCGUCGGCGUUGUCGGUGCGGUACGGGCCGGACUCGUGCUGCAGCUGAAGGAGUCGCUCGGUUCGCAGGCGAUCAUGGGUCGUAUGGAGAAAACGUGCAAGCAGAUGUUAGCCCACGUGCGUACCAUUCCGGAGAUUGCGCUGCUCGGUCCACCGUGCACAACGGCCAAACGGCUUACGACGCUUUGCUUUAUGGUUCGCCACCCAAGAGGUGCCUUCCUGCACCACCGGUUCGUGGUAGCGGUACUGAACGAUGUGUUCGGUAUUCAGGCGACGGCCGAUAAUAUGGUCAGCGAUUCGCUCGGCAUCAACCCACAGCUGAUGGUAGAGUAUGAAAAGCUGCUGAACGAUGAGUCGUUGAAGUCGGGCUGUCUGCAUCCUGGAUACACCCGCAUCACCUUUCCAUUCUUCAUGCCCGAGUCGGAAGUGGCCUUCAUACUGGAAGCGCUUAAAAUGGUAGCUACCGAGGCGUGGAAACUGCUGCCACAGUAUGAGGUGGGCGAACGUUCCGGCGAAUGGCGACAUCAUUCAAACUCGCUGGCAAAGGAACGGAAAUGGCUCGGCGCCAUCCGGUACAUCGAUGGGAAAAUGCUGUUCUCAGACCGGCGCAUUUCCGGCCCGGGUUCCUUUCCCCAGAACUACUCGGACUGUUUGCAGACGGCGAGGAAUCUCUUCAAUCGCGCCCGCAAAAUGGCUCAACGUUCCACCACGGAGGAAAUCGUACUGAAGCUGCCGAAUGCGGCAAUGGAGAAGCUCCGAUGGUAUAUGUUGUCGGGUGAGGCACACGAACUGCUGCUAGGUCAUUCGCAUAAUGUAAAAAAUACAGUACCUUUCGAUCCUACUAGAAUACCUGAGAACUCGUCGCUGAUGUUAAUUCAUCGACACCAUAGCCUGUCGGCGUUGGAUAUCAAACGGUUCAAGAGCCGCAGUUUGCCAGCAUCACCGCUUCAGAUAUCGAACCGUCGUCAGAACUCAUCCUCCCCGUGUCAGUCACACAGCCCCACACCGACGUCAUCACCGCCCAUGGUUAGAUUUUCGGUCGGAGGUGAAGUCACGACCAUGCUUAAUGCCUCACCAAUUGCAACGGGGCAUGUCAGUACCUCGGCCGGGAUUGUUACAGCUGGACCCAUCGGGCGUGACAUGAAUGUCAGCCGUAACAGAUGCCACAGCUGGGGAGCUGCCAGCUAUCGCACACAUAUCGGUGGCCUUACUGCAAGGGACGUGAAUGUAAACGCAGCUCAAGGAAAUACUACGCCCGAUGGACAUGACUCCAAUCACACGGUUAGCAAUUCGGUUAGCACGAUCGGUAAUGCAAACCUGCACGCAUUGGGACCACAGACACGCGCAAGCCUCGGACUGGAACCGCAACAACAUCUUCCGUUUAGCGUACAGCGUACAUAUCAAACGCAACAAUCUAUGCCAGUUCCGUCACAGCAACGACCACAGCUACGCCGCCCACUGUCGGUCGUAUCUACUGCACCGAUUCCGCUACCCACGACAACUGCUCGCCUUCCGAAGCAGAGAUCCUGCUCGUGCAGCAGCCAGACGGACGUUAGCCUGCAGCACAACGAAAGCUCCCCACUGCUGCCGGGUACGGCUUCACCGACACCGAGCCUUCCUAAUCUACGAUCACUAAUGGGAAGCAGCUGCAGUGAAAGUACGGAAGAUAUUCAGGCGUACGUGAAAGAGAUGACGAAGGAGUUGGCCACCGAGAUCAAGUCCGAAAUACGCGAGGUGAUCAGCAAGGUUGAGGACGUUCUCGAGAGUACCGACUGCAUUGAGAUGAGCAGCUUGGUUAACUUUAAUUCACUCGGACAGUUAAGCCAUCUACCGGUGGAAAACAAACGCGAUUCCAUUUCUACCAGCGAUGUGGUGGAUUAUUUGCGCGAGUUUAGCAAAGAGAUGACGAACGAGGUGAAGUCCGAGAUUCGGGAUGUCGUGAAUGCGGUGGAUGAAAUUAUUUCCCCCGAAGGAUUUCUUGGUUCGCGCAAAAACUCACCCCCGGAUAUAAUGCGCAAUGGGGCGGCAGGUGGAAUGUCUGCGGGAAAUCAUGGAGCACACGGGCACACCGGAGCUGGAGGACACAAACUCUUGAUCAAACAACGGUACAGCGACAUUACGCCGGAUGCAAAGAUCCAUCGACCACGGUCGGCCGACAACGACAAUAGCAAGCAUCGGUCGGAAUCGUUCCCGCGUCCAAGUUCGGCUGCCAGUCCGGAACAUAUGGGCAUAAUGGGGCCACCACUGCACUACGCCGUUGGUGCGAUUGCGAAGAGUUUCGAUCCACGGUCAACCAUGUCCUCGCAGGAUUCUGGGAUCAAUAUGAACUUUUGUGAUGCUGCCGAUGACGGUAAUCGUGCGCGAACGGGACGAAUGGCCGGCAACGAUAGAAUACGCACAGUCUCCGCCGAUGUGGACAGUUCCAGUAAACCCACCAUCCCACCGCGACGACUCAUAUCGGAACCGUCGGGUGGAUCGAUCCUAGAAACAUCUUCCAGUACGGACGUUAGUGCCGGUCAGGUGGACAGCAAUAACGGCGGUGGGAAAAAUCCACUCACCCGUCAGCAGCACGUCCUCAACCGUACACCGUCGGGGGAUGCGGGAACGAUCGUUCAAGCACCAUGCGUCUCCACCAUCCCGUGGCACCAGAUGCCCAAAGAAGUCUGGAAGCAGGCAGCCGAGGCACUAGACGAAUAUCAAAUGCUGCAGGAAGGCGAUCGUGUGCUGGUGUGUCUGUCCGGCAGUAGCUCUUCCCUCUGCUUAUUACAUCUGCUGCAUCAGUUUUGCCAAACCCGGCAAUUAAAGGUGGACCUGGCCGCCAUCACGGUCGGCGGUGGGAAUUGUGGUGUUGACCCGCGAACAUUAAUGCUGUACCUGAAGGAGCUCGGUGUGACGUACUUCUACGAGCCGCUUGCUUCGAACGAGCCGGUAAGUGAGCAGCUGAUGCAUCACGCUCAACACCGGCAGUACAAUGUACUUGCCAUGGCGAGCACGCUGGACAAGUUGGCCGAUCAGUUCCUUUCGUCGCUGCUCCACCGGGGUGAGCUGUGUGCACUGCAGGCCGUACAGCGUCCCGAUGCAGCAUCAAAAUCCCUCGAGGGAGAUGAUGUGCGGAUCAUUCGGCCGUUGUUGUUUUUGCGCGAAAAAACAUUCGAAGAGUUUGCGACCGCACAAGGAAUACCGUGUCGAGCCGCGCGUACACUGAUGGGAUCCGCCGGUGAAGACACAUUACGCGAGCUGUUGCACAAGCAGGAGCUGAUCAAUCCGCUCGUCUACCAUAACAUUCGGAAUGCCCUAAGGCCGAUCCUUUCACUGCGAACUGAAGCUUCUAAAUCGGUGUAUGAAAUGCUUCGAUCGUCCUUAAAUACGCGCGAGUAGCGAGUUGGCGCAAUCGGCAAUUGCAAGGUAGCUGUGUAGCAGUAGAAGAACGACAGGGAAUAAGUAACUUAUCCAGGACCAAGUCACUAUUAUGCUGUAAUUGUAAGAGAACAAUGUGAAGAAAAUGAACAAACAGAUGCAACAUGAAAUUGGAAAAUUAUGAAAUAAAAACGAAAAAUUAACUAAA